AUGUACACAAACCUGCGAAUCGAAGGCCGCCGUGAAUUCACACUCCUUCAUUUGCACUUCGUCAGUGCCGCAUGUGUAGGUCGUGCCGUUCGUGUCCUCAUCCUCAUCACCGUCAGGCCAGCAGCACCAGACCAGACCAAGCGGAAAGUUGAUUUGGCAGGCGCAGACACACGAUUCCGCGCGAUUGGAGACCAGACCAAGAAGAAAGAUGACCUGGCGGGCACGGACGUCGCGAUCCCGCGUGAUCGGCGGCACAAGGGCGUGGAUAUAUAUGACAAGGACCCUAACGGUGGGUCCAAGCACUGGUCGGACAAGCAGAAGAUGCGGCUGUUUUGGUGCGUGAUACCCCGGGGAUUCCGCCACGACAAAACCAACCUCAAUCCGCGAGCAGGCCCAUCUUCCAUGUUCGACGAGCACGACGACGAUCACAGUCGACCGGGCAUAUUUGGCAACGACGGUUCUGGCGGGCCCGAUCACGGCGACACCUUGCAUUAUUGGCACUUGCAAGACGGGCCAAUCACAAUCAACGCGCACCUUGCCUACCACUUGGCGCUACCGACGCCUGAGCCCUGCCCGGCUGUCCGUGCUCCUUCGUUCUCCUGGUCGUUAUCGCACUCCAAUCUCCCCUCUCCCUCCGCUCUGCCGUUCACAAACGCGCUGGCGCACAAGCUCAACGCGGCGCUCGCUGCCACCUGCUACUCUGGUGAGCUUGCAUGGCUUCACCUGGACACGAAGACGCAGGUUGCUGCCGAGUACAUCAUUCUCAGUCGCAACCACCAGCUCUGCAUCUCGACACGCACUUUGAGAACUCGCUUACAAGUCACGUUCUCCUACCUGCUCCCCAGACAGUUAUUUGCCUACUCCUGA